UGGACUCCUCGGAGGCUGUUUCGAUAAAUCUACCAACGCCGACAGCUCUGAACAGCAAAGAAGAAAUACAAGUGACUAUAGUCAGAUCUGAAAGCUCUGUUGACCGUCAGGCCACUAGCCUCGUGAGAGACAAAAGAAACCCUCUGAACUUCAGCAAGUCAAGAAAAUGGAUGAUCACCGUUGUAACGUCGUUCUUCACGUUUCUUGUCUGAACCUCAGCUGUGUCUUUCACGCUGGGCGCGCCAUCCUUGAUGCGCGACCUGAAUUGCACCGCCUUCGAUGCGAUACUUGGACUGAGCCUCUAUCUGCUUGGUUUUGGACUACUCCCGCUUAUUACGUCUGCGCUCAGCGAGGAAUUCGGAAGGCAGCCUCUAUAUUACGUCUCUAUCAUUGGAUUUCUUCUUACACACCUUAUGGCUGCGUCGUCACAGGACAUUCGGACCGUUCUGGUAGCCCGCUUUCUCCAAGGUGCUUUCGGAUCGACUGGAGCGGUUACAGUUGCGGGAACGAUUGCUGAUAUAUGGUCUCCACAUGAGAGGGGACAGCCAAUGUCAUUUUAUUCAUUAAUCGCCUUUUGGGGCAAUGCAGUUGGCGGGAUGGCUGGUGGUUGGAUCGAAGUGAAUUCGAAGCUGGGGUGGAGGUGGAUUCAAUGGAUCCAUGUAAUGACUGUGGUAGUUUACUUCCUGUUCUUUAUCUCCGCUGUCAAAGAAACUCGGAUAUCUGUCAUUCUUCGCAAGGAGGCCAAAACGCGAGGACACACGAGUGAGGAAUCGGGCUCACUUGCCCAACCCGAUGUCCAAAAAAGCUUGCGCGAAAUGCUAUAUCUCUCGUGUACUCGGCCUAUUGGGCUGCUUUUCACUGAGCCUAUUGUAUUCGCCAUAAGCGUUUGGAUCGGGUUUGCGUGGGGCGUGUAUUACUGCAUGAUCGGGUCCAUACCAGGCGUUUUCAGGUCACUCCAUAGCUUCAACCAGGGCCAAGUUGGGACCGUUUACUUGACCAUGGGGGCUGGUAGUGUAAUCGGCUUCUUCACCAACAUGCACCAAGAGAAGCUCUAUCAGAAGAAUAUCGCAAAGAGAGGCCCCCAGGCCAGACUACACGCCUCGAUCCCAUCCAUACCAUGGGCAGUGCUGGUUCUCGCCCUGAUAGUCUACAUUUGGGCGGUGUUCACAAUCUAUCUUGCAGUCUUCACGUAUCUGGCAGACUGGUAUGGAACGUAUGCAUCGUCAGCCCUCGCGGGUCAGAGUCUCUUUCGUGGGUUCUUCCGAUAUUCCGAUAUUUCUUCUCGCUGGAAAGUGCGCAUAGGCAGCAUCCUGGGCACGGUAUUCCCACUGUUUUCGGACAGUAUGUUCGGUGCCUUGGGCUACAAGUGGGCCAAUACCACCUUCGCCUGUGUUGCGCUGGUUAUGAGUCCGAUACCGGUGGUGCUGUUCUUCUACGGGCCGAAAAUAUUGGCGAUGAGUCGUGUUGGAAGAACCAUUGCUGAAGCAGGAGGAAAGGAAGUCGAGCAGGAACAAGAGGUGGCCUGCAGGUAGG